AUGGCCGAAUUUGCGACAAACAACCAUGCUUCCGAAACAACAAAGGUCUCCCCAUUCUAUGCCAAUUCGGGAAGAAAUCCAAGAAUGACUUUUGGCCCUUUGGAACAUGGUCGAACAACGGCUGAGGAUCAAGCGAACCAUAUUGCAAGAGAAAUGAAGGAUGUAGUAGAUUUCCUAAAAGAAGAGAUGUUUCGAGCGCAAAGGAUACAAGAAGAAUCAGCCAACAGGAAUCGAACUCCAGCUCCUCGUUACCAUUUAGGAGAUAAAGUUUUCCUAUCAACUCGUCAUAUUCUAACCAAACGACCUUCCAAGAAAUUCGAUUGGAAACAUAUUGGACCUUAUAGUGUUAAGCGCAUUGUUAAUCCCUAUGCUUACGAGUUGGAACUUCCGCGGUCAAUGAAAAUUCAUCCGGUAUUCCAUGUUUCGUUAUUGUCGCCCGCACCCAAUGAUCCCUUGCCCGGUCAGAAACAACUACCUCCACCCCCGGUUGAAAUCGAAGGACAGGAGGAGUGGGAGGUUAAAGAUAUUUUGGAUUCGAGGAAGCGCCGGGGGAGAUUCGAAUAUCUAGUGAAGUAUGUCGGUUAUGAUGAAGCUUCUUGGCAACCAUUGUCGGACGUCGAACAUUCGCCCGAUAUUGUUAAACGAUUCCACGAACGUUACCCACGAAAGCCUAAGCCUACCAGGAGGUAG